GUAGCGAGCUCGAUGUAUGCGGGUGCUGCAGUAGCGUGACAAUCCCCGGCCAGCCCUACAUGUACUCGGCCCCCGACGACGAGGCGAGCAUACAGCAACCCCUUAGCGCCUUCUCCCUCCUCGCCAUCCCAAAGCGCGCAUAUACGACACUCGGUCCAAUCGAUUAGCCUACAGUAGCAACAAGAGAGCAUAUUACACUCGCCUCGCACUAUCCUACACAAUACUACACUGUCACUAGUAGCAUCAACAUACACACCAACACCGGCAACGACAAGCCGGCACUGUACAUAGUCUCACCGCGCACCAGAUGGACACGAACUGGUGCCUCACUUGCUCCCGCCCCGUGCCAACACGGCACUCAACGGCACGCCCCGCUCCAUACUGCUCCAGCGCCUGCGAGAUCGCGGCGUACAACACCCCGCCCUCUGCCUCGCGCGGUGUUGCCAUCCCGCACCUUUUGCGUUCCUACCCCACCUCCCCCCUCUCCCCGCAUCAUCCAAAGCCCCGCGCUGCCUCAUUCGCCAGUACUACGAGCACCAACUCGAUGGCGUCCAACACAUCGCGAGACGAGUGGGCCGCGGGUGGGCGAGGGGGAGACUCGUCCUCCUGCAGCUCCUCUGGCGAGCUUCAGUCGCACCACGGUCGCCCCCGCGCAGACACCGGGACGUACAAGCCAAACUCAGCGCCAAUCCACCCUGCCGCUGCGUCCUACAUCUACCAGCCGCGCAUGUCCCAUGAGAGCGCGACGUACGCCAAGUUCACCGCGGACCUGCGGAAUGCACUGCCUCCCACGCCCCCGAAGAGCGCAGAAAACGUCCAGCGCGUCGCUGCCACGUCCAUGUCGAUACGUGAGCAGGUCGUCGUAGCGGAGGAAGAAGAGGAGGACGAGGAUGAAGAGUCUGCAUUCCAUGGGAGAGGACACGAACGUCCGUACUACUUCCGCCCGUCCAAGCCCCCACCUACGCGCUACGCAUACAUGGACUCCCCCUUCAGUGGCGAGCCGCGGGAGAGCAGGGACCGACCUGCUCACCCAGCCGCAGCCCAGCAUCCGCCUGGGUACGGGCACGGCCGCACUCGCUCGGGCUCACUUGCGAAACCUAUCAGGAUCGUGGGCACUGACGAGGGUCCGGGGAUAAAGCGCCUUGUGGGCGGGUUUGGGGAUACGGACACGGAUGAGGAUGGUCCGAAGGAGCGCGACCGGGAGCGGGAGCGCGAACGGGAACGGGAACGGGAACGGGAACGGGAACGGGAACGGGAACGGGAACGGGAACGGGCGAGGAGGACGCAGGAACCGCCCGUCCCACUUGGCGUGAGGAGCAGAAUGGUCCUCCCGGAGAUGGAACGAGGUAGGGGUAGGGAGAGAAGACGUUGACCGUCUCUUCCCCCUCUCCCCUCAUGUCCACGAUUACCCGAUACACGAUAACCCCGCUCUGCCCACACCUGAAUGAGACGACAACAACGCGACGUUUUGGUUUUUUGAACGAUUCCCGAUUCUCGAUUUCCCAGUUUCCGAUUCUCAGUUUCCAGUUUUUAUUUAUGGCUUGCCAGAUCAGUCUCAACACUGUCCACUACCCCAUCUGUCGUCUGCAACUACGAGUCUGUCCAUCUCAAGUCUCAAAUCAAAUCAUCUCAAUUUCUCUCGCUGUCUGCAAACGCACGAGAUACCCUCGGCUCGAAACCCAAAAAAAUGUUGUGUUAUAGUUUUCCCUCUUUCUUCUCUUCUAUCUGUUUCUCUGCUUGUCUUUGCGCUCUUGGCCAUGCGCUCUUGAUUUUUGAUUGACUCUUGAUGGGGAUUGUUGUAUGAAGUUUGGAGAUAGACUGGGUACGGAACGUACGACUGAACGUAUGGACGUACUCGAAAGAAUUUGAUCAUCCUCCUCCUC